AUGGCUUUACGACAGGUGUACGACUGCUUUGACACAGAUGGUCAUGGGCACUUUGAUUCCGUCGAUGCCCUUUUCGAUCGAGGCGUAUGGAUCGGGUAUCUCGCCGAAAACUCACUCACUCGGUAUCGCGGCUUGCCCUCGUACCGCGAGCUUGAGAGCAACCACAAGAACCUCGUUCUUCCCUUCCCAACACCAAUCGCGCACUCAUCAUGCAGCGACCGCGAAGCGGCUUGUCGUGGAUGCUUUGGAGACGAAUCGAGAGUUCUGCAACUGCACGAGAUCCGGUUCGGUUCGCACAGUAUGGUAGUCGCCAUGCCUCUCAGAGGAGCCGAUGAUGCCGGACUGUUCUGCAUCAUGUUGCCACAACCGCUCGACCGAUCCAUCAAAGCACUGGAGAUGUUCCGCCCAUUUGAACACCGCCUAGAGCACAAAGAUCACAAAUUGUUUGCUAACAGCUACAUGCUGCUUGCGAUCCGUGACGGAAAGAACAACGGCGGUGUGUUGCACACGAUUCGUGACACCCUAGAUCCGACCGAGCUCGCUAGAACGGCCACCCGACUGGAGAGGUUGCGAUCGGACGCAGGUGCCAAAGAAUACCGAUAUGAGGAAGUCACAGUUGGAAACAAUAUGCAGCCGGGAUGGGUGUCGAAAACAGCAAAGCGAAAGCAGCAACGAGCAAGUGAUUCUCAUAACUCGACCAAACGAAGCAGGCCUGAAAAUAAUGGAAUGCAGUCUGGAGACGGAAUUUCACAGACACUUUCAGCACACAACUCGUUUCAAAGAGCCGAGGUGUGGCAGCAGUCACCUAUGCUGCCUAGCGAUGCCUCACAGCGAGUACCAGUCCGCGCGCCUAUAUCCCAAGCAACCAACCCCAGUGCUUUAGAUCUUACAGAUGAGCAGCUAAGACGUAUACACUUCGUCUGGAAGGUGUAUUUUGAAGGUAUGGAAUAUGAAGUCCGACGCUCUCUGAAUAAUACGAGCACUUUUCGGGGAUUGCUGGAUUCGUUUCGUGAAGAGGCGGAGGUGAUUCCAUCGGCGAGUCGGCAGAUGAAGGCAGGUCUCUGGGCUGUCAAGUACAGACUACCUGACGGUACAGGCAAAGCCGUUCUUGUAAAGCCAUCUGGCCCUCACUCCGAGCUUAGCCUUGAAGGGCUCUUGCGACAUCUUGCAGAGAGACCAGUGUGGAAGGAGGACUCCGAUCUAAUUGUUGAGAUCGAACUCGGGGCAAUGCUGUCGAACAGUGAAGACUAG